CACUCUCUGUUUGCUUGGCGUUAUUGAGUUCUGACAUCCGGGGGGUCAAAGGUUACAUGCUCCCACCAAUGAGCUUUUAUUAACUUUGUGAUACAUACAGACGACUGUUUCUCUCCCAUUAUAUAAUUCUUAUAUUCAUACGGUUGUGUGAAAAAGUGUUUGCUCCCUUCUGUCCCUUUGCACGCUUGUCACGCUCCAAUCUGUCAGAUCAUCAAACAAAUUAAAAUAUUAGUCAAUGACACCACAAUUGAACACAAAGUAGCGUUUUUACUGUAAAGGGGGAAAAAAAAAUCCAGACAUACAUUGAGUGUGUUUAGCCAUCCACGGCUUUUACGACUCACAUCCAAAUUCCCAAUCCUCAUUUUCUGAUGCUUUGGCAUUGUUUAAUCUAAGUAUACAACAUUGUAGCAACAUUAAUAGGUCACAAAAGUCGAAAAAGCACAAUACGUACUCUUUAAGCUUUGUCUCAAUUUUGCCAGAAAACAUCUUGAUGAUCCCCAAGACGUUUGAGAGAAUGCUCUGUUGUCUGACUUUUUGGAAGGUGUGUCUCCCAUUACAUCUGGAGUAAAAGUAAUGCUGCACUUCAGAAAAAAACAUACCAACUGUAAAAUAUGGUGGUGGUAGUGUAAUGGCCUGGAGCUGUUUUGCUCUGUUUGUGACUGCAAGCUGAAACUAACUUGGGUUCUGCAGCAGGACAAUGAGUCCACCUCUGAAUGGCUGAAGAAAAACAAAACGAAGACUCUGGGGUGGCCUCGUCUUUACCUGAAUUUCACUGUACUUUAUUUUGAUAAGCCUUCGAUCUGCCUUGCUGGCAUUUGUGCAUGUGACCAGAUACACGACACGUCUUGUUUUGACUUUGUCAAUCGAUGACAGCUCGUCACAUGUUAAGUCUAUUUAUCUAUACCAGCGUGUGUAAUCGCUCACGUUUCAAUCUCAGUCCACUUCCUGGCAUUUGUGUUUACAUGCCUACCUUCCGGCAUAUGAGUAGCUCAUUGGUAGGUAGGUAGCCCUAUGUUUUCGCUCAUUUACAGGACUACACUGAGGUUACACAAUGCUUCAUGCUAACAGUAGUCCUUCAUUGGCAUUUUCUACAGAGGAGACACCUUGUGUCCAUUACAAAGGUAAUGCUGUUAUUUAUUAUUACACUUAAUAAAAAUAGAAAUUGUCAUAAAGCUUCAGCACAAACUGCGUCACCACAGUUGAUGAUGAAAAGAACGUGCUGAUGUUUCGUGUUUUGCUUCACCAAACCACACAAGGCCUGCUCUAUAUAAACACUUAUUGACCUGAAUUUCAAGUGUCCUGUGUAUCCAAAUUUACUGGCAUGAUUUCUCUCUUCAGAAUGCAGUCUUCUGCAUCAGUUCACCGUAACGCUCCAAACAGCUGUGGGCACUGUCUGAAUGUCAGCUGGAUGGCCCGUGUUCAUGAUUUUAAUGAGGUGAUAUGUAUGACCCGGAUUUUCUCAUAGUUUAGUGAGAAUGGUCCAAUUCCAAAUUCACACUGUUUGUUUUCUGUGCUUGACAUCUGGUAAACAGCAUGACUCAUGACUUAAGACUAUGAAGCUGCAGAUUGACUUCAUUGUUUAUUUUAUGACUCUCUAUUUUUGUUGUGCUUCUAAAAAUGUUUCAGUGAUCAGCUAAAAGAUUGUAACCGGUGUGCCAUCGUCUCGUCUCAAGUCUUGGGUGUCUUGUGACACCCCUAGUCGUCAGUGUAUAGCUCCAAUUGAAGUAUAGAUUUACUAUCCUCUAAAAAUAAGUCACGGCACAGCCUUAUAUCUAGCACUGCCGUGAGCCUCUUGGACAUGGAACCACCACUAAGCCCUUUUAUCUAUAAAUCAAACAGAUCAUUAAAAUAAACAGCUCAAUCGGUUAUUUAUGUCAUUAACCCGGCUUCUUUUAGCCAAACAGUGGACCUGGAAUGUGUUCUUCUGCAAGGGCAUCACAUGAAAGUCACUUUAUUUCUCAUUAGAUCGAUGAAAGAAGUUUUGCAUAGUGUGAUUCUUUUUUUUUCCCCAAAUCAGAUUGUCUUGUAUUCCCCCCGCAGCAACUCAGAAUGGUACAAUCAUGGGACCCUUUGGUAUUUAUAUGAAUGGAUCUCUUUGUGGUAUCGCCAUUCAAUAAUAUGAGUACCCCAGACAUGAAGAAUAGUUUCACAUAAAGGCACGUUUGUAUGAUACUUUUAUUGGCAGUUUAAGCGUACUAGAUCAAUUUGUGGUUCCCAGAAAACCAUGUAAUAUUUAUUGGAGGCCCGAGGCAUCAUAUAGUUUAUCUGCAAUUUGACAGAAACAAGACGUUUUUUUCUUUUCUUUUUGUUGUAAUUAGCAUACCUAAUGGCUCACUGUGGCACAACAUUGCAAUGUGUGUGUGUGUGUGUGUGAGUGUGCGCUUAUGCAUGCUGGCAGUGUUCACGGCAACAUAUGUGUGUGCCAUAUGUUUAUGAGAUGGUCGCUGUGCAGUCAGCUAAUCGUCUCUCCAACACACAAACAAGGCGCACGCAGUUUCCGGGAACUUAUUAGGUCAUCUUGCCGGUUAAUCCUUCGCUUGCAUAUCAAGCUGCCUUCAAACUGCUGCCCCGCCCACAGUCAUGAUUACAACACAUCCAGCUGCAGUCCUGUUUGUGUGUCAAGACAAUAUUAGCUGAAGGUUGUUCCUAAGAUCUCAGUGACUUAUUUAUUUUGCUUAAAUUCCUGUUACUUGAAAAACUGUAGCUAAGAUGGACACUUAUACUGCCCUCCAUAAAUGUGGGAAGAUGUAUUGUCCCACGUUCACCCAGGUCUUCCCAAUCUCCUGACUGUGUUGUUUAUUGUAUAUGUCAAUUCUCUUUUUCACAGUAUUAUUGUUGAGUGUGUGUGCUCCUCUUUUGUUCUCGCUCCAUCGAGUAAAGCUAACCCUUGGCUGCCUUGUUGACAAGGACAUUUGUAGCUCUUCUGCUCUUAUCCCGUCUGGUCACAGACGAGACAUUUGCUCUUUCAGGAUUAGAAAUGUUGAUCCCUGUAAAGAGCUGUUGUCUUUCUCAGAAUGGCUGCUGCUAGAUUAUGUCCAAAAUACUAUGAAAUAAACAAAUGCCGUUCAGUCAAAUCAGGCCAGUGGGAAUGUAUUGCGUUUUGAUUUUUGAAUAUGUACUAUGCUAAGAGGUGUUAUUAGGCCUUUCUGUAGCCCAAUAAUGAUAUACUGUACAGUUGAUUCUUUGAAAAGUAAUGUUAUGUACUAUAUUAAUGAGAUCUGCGGCUAUCGAAUAUAAUAUUAUAUUUUUUGACUCAGCGCUUUCACACUGGGAUGUCAUUAUUGCUGCACAGCGGCGACGUUGAAUCCGCAGGGGACCGCUAUUGUGGUAUGUAAGCGCCGCGUCAAGACAGAUACAUGUCAUAGUGUUCAACAUUAGCCACAUUUUGUUUUCCUUCUUGUUCAUUGCCUUGUCGCUUUCUCUAGCCUCUUCAAUCUUCCCGUGUUCUCAACCACCCACUUCCUUCUUCGUCCUGUGUGUGGGUGAUGCAUGCAUGCUGGUGACGUAAGGGACACCUCAAAGUAGAAAAAAAAUAUAUUAUUUAUUCAUUAAUUAUUCAAAUAACCAUUGCAGCCCAUUUAUUAACGAUCAACCGGACAUGUGGCCACGUUCUUACGAUGCUUUGCCACUGCAGAGUUCCGGCUCAGGUGAAGGUCAGGUGAAUGAACCAUCGUUAUGCACAAGAGCCGUUCACGGGCUACAGCAACCCGUAGUGACCAUCCUCGGGGGACACAGCCACCAGAGAAUAGUACAGUCAUCCAUUGUUACUUCAUUGCAGAAUUUCCAUGAAGUAGGAAUAGAUAGCGUGGACAGGCCGACCUGAACACAUAGUAGAUGAAACGAUAAAGAAAUAAUCAAAACAGAUCAAAACAUUGACUUUGCCAAUACAAUUGAAACUGCAUAAUUUGAAGGUGUGGCAAGGGAUGAUUGUUCCUGCUUUUGACAAAGGAAAUGUGGGAAUGUAAAGUGUAACUCGGGUCACGGUAAGGGAGUCCCAACCGGAAUAAACAAAUACAUGUGACUUAUGAUGCCUGACAUAACCUUGCGCCCACUUAAGAGUGUAAGACGACGCCAACGCAUCACUCCAAGCUGGCCUGCUCUCUUAAAUCUCUGCUUUCAAGGAUUAGCCUCCAAGCAUCUGUUUUCAGGUGCACACAACUCUUUCCAACCUCAGUCGUACAAAGAGAGUUAGUGCUCGUUUACUCUGACAGAGGAGUGGACUGCCGUCUUCGGCAGUGGAUUCCGAUUCUACAUCAAGACAAGAAAUGAAAUUAUCAUUUUUCUAGCACCGAGUGUUUGUGCAACGAGCAGCACAGACUCUCUACUUGGGACCACACUGGAUUUCAAAUAACUCUGGCUGAAAUGUUAUCUGGCUGAAAUGAAAGUCAGCAUCUGAUCUUGUCAAGAAAAUAUGGGAAUAGGCAGUUCCUUUGCACCAAGAUCUGAUCAAAUCUUUACCAUAAGAGUAAGCUUGGCACCAAGGCAGAACCUUCCGCGCAUCAUCCUCAAAGGAAUCUUCCAGGGGGUUAAGGUGGUUCGUGGACCUGACUGGGACUGGGGCAACCAAGACGGCGGGGAGGGUAAGGUUGGGAAGGUAGUGGAUAUUCGUGGCUGGGAUACAGAGUCUGGUCGCAGUGUGGCUAGUGUGACCUGGACGAACGGCACCACCAAUGUCUACCGAAUGGGGCAUAAAGGCAAAGUUGACCUCAAGUAUGUGUCAGACGGCCAGGGAGGCUUCUACUACAAAGACCACUUGCCAAAGCUUGGAGAACAUGCAGAGCUGCAGCGCCAGGAGAGUGCUGAUGGCCACUCCUUCCAGCAGGGUGACAAGGUCAAAUGUCUCUUGGAGGUGGACAUUCUACGACAGAUGCAGGAUGGCCACGGGGGUUGGAAUCCCAAAAUGGCAGAGUACAUUUGCCGGAUUGGGUCAGUUCAUAGAAUCACUGACCGGGGGGACGUCAGAGUCCAGUACAGCAAUAACAUCCGCUGGACUUUUCAUCCUGGGGCCCUUACCAAGGUGAACACGUUUGGAGUUGGCGAACUAGUGCGAGUGUUGGAGGACAUAGAUAGUGUCAAGCGGCUACAGGCCGGCCACGGCGAAUGGACAGACAGCAUGGCUCCUGUGCUUGGCCAGGUUGGCAAGGUGCUGAAAGUCUAUGCAGACGGUGACCUACGUGUGGCGUUCGGAGGCCAGACAUGGACGUUCAACCCAGCAUGCCUUUCUGCACAGCCUGUGGAGAUGGACGCUAACCUCAUGACGACCGAGAACCCCAACGAAUCUGGAAGUACAGUCAUUUCUGUGCUGGAGAAACUGCUGUCUCAGUCCACGGAGCAGGACAAUCCCAGCCGGCUGGUCAUUGAGGCAGCACACGGCAGUGCCAAUAAAGUGCGGGAGUUGUUGCAGAAGUAUCCUGACAAGGUGGAUAUCAAGAACCAGGGGAAGACUGCACUGCAGGUGGCUGCACAUCAAGGUCACAUGGAGGUGGUGAAGGCCCUGCUCCAGGCCAAUGGCUCCAUUGAAGUCAAGGACGAAGAUGGAGACACGGCGUUGCACUACACAGCCUUUGGUAAUCAGGCAGAGAUUGCACUGUUGUUAUUGAGCAAGGGAGCAAACGUUAAUCUCUUGAACAACUCCAUGUGCACGGCGCUCCACAUCGCUGUCAACAAGGGCUUCACGGAUGUCGUGCGGGUGCUCACCGAACAUUCAGCCGAUGUCAAUCUCCAGGAUUCUUAUGGAGACACACCGUUGCAUGAUGCCAUUGCUAAAGAUUUCCGCAAUAUCAUUGAGAUCUUGGUCAUGGUGCCCAACAUUGACUUCACUCAGCAGAACCACAGAGGAUUCAACCUCUUGCACCAUGCUGCGCUCAAAGGAAACAAACUGGCCACAGAGAAGAUUCUAGGCCGAGCACGACAGCUGGUGGAUGUUAAGAAGGAGGACGGCUUCUCUGCCCUGCAUCUGGCCUCCCUUAAUAAUCACCAUGACGUAGCCGAGAUCCUCAUUAAAGAGGGCCGCUGCGACAUCAACAUCCGCAACAACCGCAACCAGACGGCGCUGCAGCUGGCUGUGACGCAGGGCCACACCAACUUGGUCCUGCUGCUGGUGGCCGAGGGUGCUGAUGUAAACUUGGAGGACGAGGACGGCGACACCGCCAUGCAUGUGGCCCUGCUGCGACCACAGCUGGCCAACGUAAUGCUGAGCCCCGCUGUGGGAAGCAGCAGUAGCAGCACAGAGGAGAGCAACGAGGGUUGUGCCUCCACAUCACUUUACGGCAGGCUCAGUGCUUCAGGUCUUCUCGGGAAUACCGAGCUGAGCGUCGGAGCGGCCAUUUCUUGUUUCCUAGCGCAAGAAGGGGCUGACAUCAGCUAUGCCAACCACAAAGGCAAGAGCCCCCUGGACCUGGUGGCAGACAGCGCCAUUUCGCAGCUCAUCAAGAGCUUCUCGGAGAAGCACAGAUUGCAGCUCCUGCAGGCCAUUACAUGCGGCCAGGGCCCGAGCACAGCUAACCUGCGGCGCGUUCACACCACCCCCAAUACCAUGACCAAUCUGGUUUUUCCUACUCCGCCGGGGCCCGGUGAAUGCCUCAUCUGUUCUGAGCUAGCGCUGCUCGUUCUCUUCUGCCCUUGCCAGCACAGUGUGGCAUGUGAAGAGUGUGCCCAUCGAAUGAAGAAAUGCAUUAAAUGCCAAGUAACAAUCACCAAGAAAAUUCGACAAGACCAGACCGAGGUGGACUGCAGCCCCGGCACGGAGAACUCUGAGCAGCACAACCUGCUGGAGCAGCUGCAGUCGCGCUACCGGCAGAUGGAGGAGCGCAUCACCUGCCCCAUCUGCAUCGACAACCACAUCAAGCUGGUCUUCCAGUGCGGACACGCCUCCUGCAUCGACUGCAGUGCCGCGCUCAAGACCUGCCCCAUUUGCCGGCAGACCAUCCGCGAACGGAUCCAGUUGUUUGUCUGAGCAUCCUGUAGGGGCAGGGUGGCAUCCAAAGAGCAAGUCGGGAUACAUGGGGAGGGCUAUGAAAUGAUGGAAUGACCCACUGGUGAUCCUGUUCAUCACCCCUCAGCCUCCCAUGAGCUUAUUCUUUGAGUCUGUCCACCCCUUUCAACGAGACAAUCUGUUGCUGCUUUUACAUGGAUGUCUGUUGCCCAUCAUCCUCUUUUCUGGCUGGCUGGGCCUCUUCUGUUUACACGGCUGCACAGAAUGAGCCACCCACCGCCCACAGCCUGUCGUGUGAAUUUUGUCUGUUCUCAUUUGGAUAUUGUAAUGAUCAGUAUUAAUCUCUGCAGAGGGCGCUUUAAGUAUAUAGUCCCCGACCACUUGCUGCUCGUAUGCGAGGGGGAAGUACACACUAUACUGUAUAUGCAUGAGAAUAUGCAUAUUGUAAAGCUGAGUGAUUUGUCGUUUUUAUUUCUUUGUGUUACAGGGUUUAUUUAUGCGUGAAAGGUGUAUUACUGUCUUUUUUCAGUCGCUUAGAGGGAAGAAAAAAAGCAUCUACUGAAAUACAGCCUAUUUUCCUCUUACUCAGGGUAUCAAAUCUCUUAAAAAGCACUUGUUUGUGAUGAUAUCCAUUAAAAAGGUUCCGAGUCGCCAUCCCACACAGCCGCUGCGCAUCUUGGGGAAGGGAGACCAUUGGAAAACGUUGUUCUCAUUGGUGAAUUCAUGAAUGUUUCUGUGUUUGCAGAUGAGCUUCUGCAACAAAGAGAGCCCAAAAAUUGGGGGGGAAAAAAAAGCACCCGUCCACACUGUUUGUGUAUUUACCGCUCAUCCCCACAGGGAACACCUACUGUGUCUACUUAGCAACAAGUGUUUGUGUUUUGUUAUUUAUCCAACAAAAGUAUUGUCAUUUAGAAGGGCCUAAAGAGAAGUGGUUGGUGCGUUACGUUUGUCUACCUUCCUGCUGACCCUCUUUUGUUCUACUUUGGAGCUCUGGAUUGUACUUCAUCUUUCUUCUGUUUUCUUGAAGGGCUUCUGCAUAAGAGUAUAAAAUUAUCUUUAUUUAAUUUUUUGCUUUUAAUAUGUGUUUUGUUUGGCUUCAUUGAAUCCCAUAUUAUUGGGAGAUGCGGUUGUUUAAAUGUGUACAUUUUGAAUGUCGGGCUAGGGCUGAUGAUGCUGUCUCACUUUUUUGGGGUUUUUUUUGAAGCGGAAGAAAAGUUGCGGGUGUUUACUUUCAACAAAGUACGUUUACGUCAGUGCCAAAUUGCAUGAGGAACGUGCAUGGACGAUGCACACAUGGAUUUAUGUGGUAGAGCUGCAACAUUGAGAUUGGCUAAGUUGAAGAUUAGGAGUUACGUAAUUGCAAACUUUCACACGCUGGCAAACAGUGGCAGUCCUGUAUUCUUUGGUUUAGGGGUUUUCAAAGUGUGGCACAGUCGGUCUUUCCUCUGACAAUAUCAUUUGUUUGGGAGCCGACCGCAUUUUCCAAGACUUCCUCAGUAUGUCCUGAAGCUAGCAGGUUGGAAAGAUAUUUUCAUCUUUAUUUUUCUCAAGCUGUCUCGUGACUCCUGCCACUUUGAAAACCCCUGGUUUUAGAGCUUUCCAAGUACAUUUAUCUUAUCAAUCAAGAUGAAUUAUUGAAUUAUUGUUGGGUUUUGCAGGUGAGGGCAGUAAUGUGGAGAUGUGAAAAGAAAUGGUGGACAUAUUAUUUGUGUCUGUGUGUGUUUUGUUUAUGAAUUCUCCCAGUGAAGGAGAUGGGGAUGUAUAAAAGUACUAUUCAAGCAGCAAUGUUAUAUUCUGUGUUUGUACAGUUCUGCUGUUGGCCUUACUGUCUCUUCCUCUGUUGUAUGUUUGCUCACUUUUAUUCUGUACAAAAAUAUUUUGCAAUAAACAUGGAACACUUUUCUAAGGACAUAGCA